CGUCUUCUUUAACAAAGUAAAACUGAAUUGGAUCUGUCUGUGAAGAAGAGGAGGGAGACAACAUGUCGCGAGAAAGACCAAGGAGGGCUACACUCCCUCCUGCUGAAGAGAAUAUUAAGAAAUUGGAGAAUGUGAUAAAUGAGGGUAAUUACUAUGGAGCUCAGCAGAUGUACAAGUCUAUCAGUGCAAGAUACGUAUCAGCUCAAAGACAUUCUGAAGCUCUGGACAUUCUUCACUCGGGUGCAUGCCUCCAACUGAAAAAUGGCCAGGUUACUUGUGGGUCGGAGCUUGCUGUGAUCUAUGUGGAGACGCUUGUUAAAGCAAAAGUUCCUUAUGAUGAUGAUGUACUUGAUUGCAUUAGAAAAAUCUACAAGACAUUUCCUCAGAUACCUUUGCCACAAGACUUGGGAGAGGAUGAAGAUAUGGAACAACUCAAUGAAGCCCUUGGGGCUGCAAAAAUACGUGUAGACUGCUGCCUGUCAUUCUUAAAAGCUGCUAUCAAGUGGUCUGCAGAGUUUGGAGCUCAUAGGAAUGGCUCUCCAGAACUACAUGUUAUGCUAGCGGAAUAUAUUUAUUCUGAGUCCCCUGAGCUGGACAUGACUAGAGUAUCAUAUCAUUUUGUUAGAGGAAACAACCUGAAGAAGUUUGCAUCUACUUUAGUCAAUUUUAUGGGCAAGUGUUAUCCUGGUGAAGAUGAUUUGGCUAUUACACGAGCAAUUUUAAUGUAUUUAGCUAUGGGUAGUCUUAGAGAUGCUAAUUUUCUGAUGGAUGAGUUAAAGAAGCAUGCACAAUAUAAGGAGCAUGACCUUCAUCGAUCAGAUUUGAUCCAAUUCAUCAAUCAUCUUCUGCCAACGUUGCAAAGAGAUGCUUUACCUCUUUUCAAUAUGCUGAGAACUAAUUACAAGUCAAGCAUAGACAGGGAACCUGCAUUCAACGAGCGACUAGAUGAAAUUGCAGAGUUGUUCUAUGGUGUACAACGUAGGAAUCCCUUGCAAGAGAUGUUUGGAGAUGUUUUCAAGAUGAUGGGUUGACGGCAACACAGACAAUUUCAAUGUGUCAGCAACUCAACUGGACUAGCAACUGGACCUCUGUUGUUUUCUUAGAUGAAAUGAUCAUCUGUUUGAUGCAUUAGCAGCAUAAUUUGAAUAUUUGUAAAAUCAUUGUUUUUGAACAGCUGAAGAUCUCUUGUAAUUGACCAAAACAUUUAUCCUUGCCCCCAUAUUCUGGGUGAGCUAUUUGUAGACCACAGUGAAUGAAAUUUUUCCUGAUUCCCAUUC